AUGGAUGCAAAGAAAGAUGAAGUGACAUGGAGGUCACUCCCAAGAAAAGAUCAACUGGCGAUUCUGUGCUUUUUACGGUUUGCCGAGCCGGUUGUUAGCAUCUCGUUGCUUACCUAUCUUUUCUACCAGCUUCAAUCAUUAGACCCUAAUCUGGACUCGGGCGCAGUCGUCCGGCAAGUUGCGUACAUGCAAACGAGCUUCAUGCUCUCCCAAUGCUUCUCGUCGAUGUUCCUCGGAAGACUGGCAGAUUCCCACCGAGGAGGACGAAAGCCGGUGCUCCUUUUGGGAGUGGCUGGAUCACUGAUUGGCUGCGUUUCAUUUGGCUUCAUCACUAAUUUCAAGCAAGCGCUGGCUCUACGCAUCCUCGAAGGCCUCGUCAACGGCAAUGUCGCAACCAUUAGAACCAUGGUCUCGGAGGUUGUAGCUGAAAAGAGAUAUCAGCCGCAUGCCUUCUUGCUGCUUCCAAUCUCGUUCAACGUCGCGGCGAUGUUCAGUCCCCUGAUGGCCGGACAGUUAGCGGACCUCGCAGGAAAAUACCCUGAAAAGUUCGGGAACAACGCUUUCCUGAAGGCCUGGCCUUACGCACCACCGGCACUGCUGAGCGGUUUUUUCCUUCUGAUUGCGUUCGGCGCCGUCUUCUUUUUCCUAGAAGAGACUCUCGAGCCGCUCAAAGAUCGCUACGACCCGGGCAUAGCUUUCACGAGAAAGGUUAGCGCAAUGAUAUUUGGAAGAAAGGUUCCAUCAGCGAGCAGAGUCGCCCAGGAGGAGGCUUCGCACGAGGAAAUGUCCCGCAUGAUCACCGACGAUGCGGAGGCAGCAGAGGAGAGGGACUCUGAAGAGCACCCUGAAUCGCUAAAGCCCGCCAAACCCCAGCGGAUUCUUCCACUGAAACGGAUGUUCACCAGGAACAUGUGUCUGACGCUCGUGUCAUACGCAAUCCAGGAGUACCACAUCACGACUUACAACACUCUGUGGACGAGCUUUCUUAGCGACCCGGUUGACACAAAGAAUCAAGCUCGAUUGCCGUUCUUCUUCUCGGGCGGGGCUGGAAUGAAGCCAGACCGCAUCAUGUGGUCUCUAUUCAUCGUGGGAGUGAUGGGACUUCCGACGCAACUAUUCAUCUACCCGCGCAUCAACCGCCGCUUGGGGACACUGAAAAUGUGGCGGACCUUCAUGAUGGGCAUGCCUGUGCUUUACUUCAUCAUUCCGUACAUCGCAGCCGCGCCGUCUACUAAGGCUCCACCGGCAGGUAAAGAAGGCUUUUGGGUCUGGUUCCUCAUUGUCUUGGCCCAAGUUCUCAUGGUCGGAACUUCGACAUUUGUUGUUCCCGCACAGCUGGUGUUGACAAACCUGUAA